CUUUAUUAUUUUUUUUUUCAAAAUGAAUCCUGUAUAUGUCAGUAUAGUGGUUAUGAAGCAACAUCCAUACAGAAAAUCGUUUGCGAUUACAAUUUCAUCUUUUGUAAAUUAUGACCGGUAAUGCGAUUAUAACUAAUAACUAAGAUAAUAAGCAAAAGUCUUCUGUUACAGUUAAAAAAAGGAAGUAUACCAGUAUGAAGAAAUUUUAAGUGUUGGGGUUUUGCGCUUUUUUUAUCAAUGAGGGUACAAAGUUGUUGCCUCCUCGACAAUUUAAUGCCAGAACCGCCACUGCAUUAAAUACAUUUUUAAAAAUAUUUUUCUCACUCUUUUAUAUUUUUUUUAUAAGAAAUAAAACGAUUCAUGCAGAAAUGGGUUGACAAACAGUAAUUACUACUGUUUUUUAAGUAAAUAGAAAAUAAAUCAAUUUGUCACACAAUUUUGUUUUGCUGGCAACGGUCGAGAACUAAUGGUUUAUCUUGAUGAACAAAAGUACUUCCUCGAGGGCUUCGUGUCCCGCAUGGACGGCGUAUUAGCAGCUCUCGACAUAAACGAACAUCGGCUUGCAAUUCUGAUGGUUUUAAAUGUUGACGCUUCGACUCAGCCAACUAGUGUACCAGUUGACUUGCACUUCGUGACAGUUGCAUCACGAAUAAAUCAUUUUGUUUCUGUUGUCAGAGCUGAUGUAUUUCAUUCCUGCUCCAAAACAUUGGCCAGCGUAGUGCAAGUUUUGUUAAGAAAUCUACACAAAGUGAAAAAAACAAUGAUGAUGAUACCUACUAUUCAACGCGCCAUUGAUAAACUGCAGACAAAACCUCACCAAUUGACUCAUUUCCAUUACUUGCUAUGUGAAGCAUGCAUAAUGUCUUAUAAUCUUAAGGCUUCGCUGAAAGUCUUAGAUCAGGAAGUUUAUUUUUUAAACUCCGAUGAACCUAAAAUUAUAUUUGAACCAAAAUACUUUUUGAACUACUACUUUUCGGGCGGUCUCAUAUACACAGCGAUGAAAAACUAUGACAGAGCAAUUACUCUAUUCGAAAUUGUUUUCAUGACAACAUUUCCUGUAGUUUCGCCAAUCACGAUUGAUUCCUAUAAGAAAUUCAUUUUACUUGUCCUCAUACACUUCGGAUCGGUACCAACAUACUGUAACGUUGAUCCCACAAUCCUCGGUGAAUUGUAUGGACCAACGUGUCAACCGUACUUAGAUUUGGUACCACUUUAUCAAAGUGGAAAUUUAACAGGAGUCCACGCGACAAUUGCUAAACACCAAGAUAUUUAUGUAAGGGAUAAAAAUUUUGGAUUGGUGAAACAACUAUUGAAAUCUUUGAACCAGGCCAACUUGCUACGACUGGCCAACUUGUUCUCGACCAUGACCCUAGCCGAUUUGGCCGAACAACUCAACCUUAAAACGGCAAAAGAUGCGGUAAACUAUCUCUUGACAAUGAGAAAAUCAAACGUGCUACACUACAAAAUCGAUGAAAAAAAAGGUAUCGCUACUUCCAACAUCAACGUUGACUAUAGUUAUGAACACCCAGACGUUCUUAUCGGUAUCAUAAAAGAAAUUGAGCAUAAAAUCGAAGUAUCUAAAAUACUGCAAUCAGCCGAAGAAAACGUCAAGACUUAUAUUCCGCAAGCGCCAAUUGUACAAUCCCAGGCUGGGCCUAGUGGUGUGCUAUUUAACCAGCGACAAUUACCGCCAAGGGCAAGCAACAUUGAUAUUUUUUCGACAUCGUUGCUUAUGGAAUGUGAACUGGAAAAAAUCGAAGAAAUGUCCGAGUAACUUUGAAUUCUAUUAUGUUAAUAAGAGUGUAAGUUAGUAAAAUUGAAGUAUAGCUUCAUAUAAAUAACAUUAUUGAUAACAUUGUUUAACAAUAAAACCAUUUUAGAAAUUAAGAGGUAAAACCAGCGGUGGUAAAAGUGUCUGUGGUCAGUAGUGUUGAAUGACAAUAAUUCUAACCUGACUGUAAAAACACAUUGAGAAUAGAAUUUCCGUUCUCUUGUAAAAUUGUACAUGUAUAAGUCAAUUGUACCCGUUUGAUUACCACCGCUUUAAGUCAUAAAAUCUUCUAGUCGCGUUUACGCAAUUACUUAUUAUAAAAAUGCAUAAUGUUAAGUUUUAUUUACACAAUACAUUUUUCUAACAAUUAAAUGUGUAGGAAACCUUAGCGUUACAUAACUUAAAUAACGAAAUGUUAUUAAAAAUAACGAUUUUUUUUUUAAAUCAAUUUUAUUAAAUGUAAAAAUUAAAUUCGUAUUUAAAGUACUUUUAUUUACUGUAUCAAAUAAUAUAGUUUUGUUAAUAAUAUUUUAUUUGACUACUUCAUUAAUAAUCUGUUGUUUUCAGUUCAAAUUUAUUUAAUUUAUUUGAUAUUUAAAUGUGU